AUGAAGCUUCCCGGAAGGGCUUUUGUAGCUCGAAAAAAGGUGAAAAGCUGGAUGUGCUAUAGAGAGAAGGAUGACUUUUUUGUUCUGAACCGCAUCGCAACCGCGACGCAUUCUGGCCAGAAACUUCAAGCCGUUGCAAUGUAAUCAUAUUAAAGAAGAGAAAUUUCCAGAAGAUGAAGCUGUUUCUGAUUUUUCUGAUGGCUAUUCUCGUGUUUAUCACCGAUGCCAAGCCAACCGACCAUCCAAUAACUCGACCAACCUUGGAUCUCACUAUGGGGCCAAUCUACAAAACUGGAACUUCUACCCAGCGGACGAAUCCUCCCCUCCUGCCUUAG